CGGCUCCAUAUUGGAUCUGCCCUUUCUUAGAAAUACAUUGCACUGGAGGUCUGUCUGUCUUCGCAUAUUGUCAGACAUACGUCCAAGCAGCCGGCUCUGCUCCCCGGGCUCAGGUAUGAGGGAUGUAGCCGACAAACCGCGUUGUCACGAACAAAUGUUCCUCAGAGCUUUGUUUUACACACCGGCGUCAUUCCCACAGUUGUGAACAGGGCUGAGAAAUUAGGUUAGAGGCGCACCUGAACAACGGAGCGAAAAGUGGCAUGCAGGCGGAGGAAGAAAUAAUUGGAUUGAGAUAACGCCUCGCAGGCAUGAUGUUCACACUCACUGAGGUUGCAUCCUUGAAUGACAUCCAGCCGACGUACCGCAUCCUGAAGCCAUGGUGGGACGUGUUCAUGGACUACCUGGGGCUGGUCAUGCUCAUGCUGGCCAUAUUCGCCAUGACCAUGCAGAUCACCAAGGACCAGGUGGCUUGCCUUCCGUGUCUGGAGGAACCGGAGGAGGCCUCGGGGGUGAAGUCUAACUCGUUCACGCAGCAGAGCGCACAGAGAGAGGCCUCAUCAGCAGCCCCUGUAGCAACCACCAUCCCCCUAGUAACGAAGGACCUACCGGACGAAGUUGUCCAUGAGAUCCAUGUCACACACCAACACACUUCUGUGGUGGCAGAGAAAUAUAUGAAUCAACCUCAACCGACAGGGGUCAGGACCAACCUGGACUAUCAACAAUAUAUCUUCAUCAACCAAAUAUGUUACCAUGUUGCCUUGCCCUGGUAUUCCAAAUACUUUCCUUACCUCACCCUCAUCCACACCAUUGUUCUCAUGGUCAGUAGCAAUUUCUGGUUCAAAUACCCCAAAACAAGCUCAAAGAUUGAGCAUUUUGUUUCGAUUCUAGGUAGAUGUUUUGAGUCUCCCUGGACAACAAAGGCUUUGUCUGAAACGGCUUGUGAGGACUCCGAGGAGAACAAACAGCGGCUGACCGGCACCUCCAUGGCACAGAAACAUGUUUCUUUAGAGGGGAAGGACGAAAGCACAAAUGUCAACUCCUCCACACCCAUGCUUGGGGCGAAGUUCUCUGCAGAUAAGCCCAUCGCAGAGGUCCCGAGUAGUAUGACAAUCCUGGACAAAAAAGACGGGGAACAAGCCAAAGCCCUGUUUGAGAAAGUACGAAAAUUCCGAGCUCAUGUGGAGGACAGUGAUUUCAUCUACAAACUUUACGUAGCGCAGACCGUUGUCAAAACGGUCAAGUUUAUUUUGAUAUUAUCCUACACUUCCACCUUUUUGGCAAAAAUCAAUUUUAAGCACGAUUGUGAACCUGAUAUUAAACAGCUAACGGGAUACAAAAAGUUUUUCUGUACGCACAACAUGGCUUUCAUGCUGAACAAGCUGCUUAUUAGCUACAUGGCUUUAAUUCUGAUCUACGGGAUGGCUUGCUUGUACUCUCUCUUCUGGGUGUUUCGACGACCUCUGAAAGAGUACUCAUUCGAGAAGGUCCGGGAAGAGAGCAGCUUUAGUGACAUUCCUGAUGUCAAAAAUGACUUUGCAUUCCUCUUACACAUGGUUGACCAGUACGACCAACUCUACUCCAAACGCUUUGGUGUCUUCUUGUCCGAGGUCAGUGAGAACAAGCUUAGGGAGAUCAGCCUCAAUCACGAGUGGACCUUUGAAAAACUAAGGCAGCUUGUGAUCCGUAACGCACUGGACCAGCAGGAGCUGCAUCUUUUCAUGCUCUCUGGUCUUCCCAAUGCAGUGUUUGAUCUCACAGACUUGGAAGUGCUGAAACUGGAGCUGAUUCCUGAGGUGAGGUUCUCGGCAAAGGUCUCCCAAAUGACCAGCCUGCUGGAGCUCCAUCUCCUGCACUGUCCUGCCAAAGUAGAGCAGACAGGCUUUGCUUUCCUCCGUGACCAUCUUCGCUGCCUUCACGUCAAGUUCACCGAUGUUGCCGAGAUCCCAGGGUGGGUGUAUUUGCUGAGGAGUUUGCGUGAGCUUAACCUAAUCGGCAACUUGAGCUCCGAAAAUAACAAAAUGAUUGGUCUAGAGUCCAUGCGAGAUCUGAGGCAUUUAAAGACCUUAUGCUUGAAGAGCAACCUCACAAAAAUGCCCACAAACAUCACAGAGCUAUCGCCGCAUCUGAUUAAGCUAGUGGUGCACAAUGAUGGUACAAAACUUCUGGUACUAAAUAGUCUGAAGAAAAUGACAAAUCUAAUUGAACUGGAGCUGCACACCUGCGAACUGGAGAGGAUUCCCCACGCUAUUUUCAGCUUGACCAACUUACAAGAGCUCGAUCUGAAAUCGAACAACAUCCGAACCAUAGAGGAGAUCAUCAGCUUCCAGCACCUCAAGAGGCUGACGUGCCUUAAACUGUGGCACAACAAAAUUAUCACCAUCCCGUCCUCCAUCGGCCAGGUCAAGUCUCUGGAGUCUCUCCACCUCUCUCACAAUAAACUGGAGUCCCUGCCCCCGGCCUUGUUCACGCUACCUAAACUGCGGUACUUGGACGUGGGCCACAACUCCAUCACAGUGCUCCCCCCAGAUGUGGGUCUCCUCCACAACCUCCAGCACUUAGCCAUCAACUCCAACAAGCUGGAGGCGCUGCCCAAGCCUCUGUUCAGAUGCACCAAGCUCAAGGCGCUGUGUCUGGGGAACAACGCGCUCACCGUGCUGCCAGAGACGGUGGGACAGCUGGUCCAGCUCACUCAGCUGGAGCUGAGAGGAAACUGUCUGGACAGACUGCCCGUCCAGCUAGGAAACUGCCGCCUGCUGCGCAAAAGCGGCUUGGUUGUGGAGGACCAUCUUUUUGACGCACUGCCUGGGGAAGUGAAGGAGAACAUCAGCAGAGAGAACAACGUGUCGUUUACGAGUGGCUUAUAGCACAAACACCACGACUCAUGUUUCAUGACAAGCUUGCAUAAUGGAUGUAAGAGUAGACUCUUUAUUAUUGUAAUAUCCAUGAAAAAUGAAUGCAUUUUCUUUGUUAUUUUAAUGAGUUGUCUUAGUUGCUUAUGUAUUACAAAUGGUACAGAUUGCUUUUCUUGUUGCCGAGUAUCUAAUUCAGCAACUUUAUGGCAUUUAGCUUUUUCAUUGCGUUGAGUAAUAAAACAUUAGACAUUUUGCUUCUCUGUGUUAUGCUCUAUAGACCAAAACUGUUCGCUCCAAUGACACAGUAUGUAGAUUGAUCAUUAUUGUUUUAGGUACUCAGGUAUAAAUGUAACCAUGGGGAACAAUCUUUUUGCCUUAACUGCUGCUAUUUUUUUUUUUUUUUACAGUGAGGGCUUUCACAAACAAAAGGCCAAAAAUGAAUAUUUCAUGUUUUCUUGUCAGUUUUUCAUACAGACGUUAUCCACAGAGACAUUUCUAUGGAAGAGGACACAAUGUAAUGCUUCUUUCUUGGUAAUUUUUAACUUGUUUAAAUCAUGUAACCUUUUAUUUUCUUCAAUGUCUUGUAGCCAACCGAAUGAGUUUAGAGUUGUAAAACUCAGGUGGAGACUGAGCACCAGAAACAAUCCUUUCUGUGUAGAGAUUGUAAACUAAGGCCUAUAGUAAUUCAUUUGCACAUUCAAAACUUAAUGACUUCAAGAUUGGUGAAUGUCCUUUGUGAUGGUGUGUCCCAAGACCAACAUGAGCGGAUAAAAGGGAACUCUGUUGACUGUCUCUUUAAAUCAUGCUUUGAAAUUUGAAAUAUGUAAUAAAGAAGGGUCAUAUGUAGGACUGGUUAUUUAACAGAAUCGUGUAAUAAUGACAAACACGUCUGCCUUCAUUCUUCUCAAUGUAUUUCUGCGUAGGCCUAUAUAUACAGUAUGUGUUCUUCAGAGCUGCUGUACCACCUUUGAGAUCCUAUGCUCAAAGUUCACAACUUUAUGCCACAAUAAAACAAGAUUUUAGAUUGA